AUGGACGCGCGCGCGGACGACGAGAAAGGAGACGCGGACGCGGACGAGGAAAAUUGUCUCGACGUGGUCGUCCUCGCGCGAGACGCGGCGCGGACGACGGAGACGGGGGACGAGGAUGAGAUUUUGGGAUGUUGUCGAGUGUGUGCUUUAGAGGUGACGCGCGGCGACGUCGCGCGCGGCGAGGCAACCUACCUCGGGUGCGCGUGUAAGCACGGCCUCGCCCACGCGAACGAGGAGUGUUUACACGCGUACGUCCUCGCGAAAGCGUCGGAGAUUUCGGGUUCGACGUGUGAGAUUUGUUUGGAGUUGAUGACGAACGCGCCGCGGCGGAGCGCGCUGCGCGCCAACCGUCGCGGGCGAGACGCGCGCGCGUCGGACACCGCCACGACGCCCCCGAUCGUCGUCGCCAUCGAUGGCGGUGAUCACGGUGAAAACAUCGAGGUCGUCGCGCACAGGCGAGCGCUCGCGGGCGUCGGCUUCGCCUCGGUCGCAGUCGUCGUCGGCUGCGUUCGAUGGCUCGUCAUCCGGGCGUGCCGCGUCCGCGUCGCCUUCAUCGGCGCCGUCUGCAUCGCCGCCGGUUGCUUCAUCGCACUCCAACCGAGCGCGAUCAUCGAUGGGUGA